AUGUCUACAGCAGCAGAAACAAAAGAAAGUACCACACUGGUCUCACCUGCACCAGAGUACGGCUUCAGCGGCGUCAACUGGUCAGACUACAUCAAAUUUCGACCUAUUUAUCCAACUUCAUUUUUCGAGAAAAUCUUCGCCUACCAUUCCCAAAAGACAAGAGCAACAUGGUCUACAGCCCACGACAUCGGCGCUGGUUGCGGAAUCGUAUCAGCUAGUCUCGCUCCUCACUUCAAUAACGUCAUUGUCUCCGAUCCCAACGAAGGUUACUCCACACUCGCCCGCAAGAUCUUAGUUGAGGAAUCACGACUACCCGAAGCAAAAUUCAAAUUCCUACAAGAAAGUGCUGGAAACAGCUCCUUGGAGCCUGCCACUGUUGACCUCAUCGCGGCUUGCGAAUGUAUCCAUUGGACGAGACCUGAUGAUGCGAUCAAGGGUUUCGCUCGAGAACUUCGCGCGGGUGGAACUCUUGCCAUUUCACUAUAUACCCGGCCGCGGAUUGUAGAUAACGAGCGUGCUCAAAUGGCUUGGAGGGCAAUCUUUGAAUACUAUGCUGGGCAAGUGAAGAGCCCGUUGUUUGAUCAUGCACUUCGGAUCUUGAACACGGGCACUGAAGCUUGGGGAUUCCCGGAAGAGGAUUGGGAGUCUGUGAAGAGAGUUUAUGUCAAUGCUGAAGGGAGUCUUGAUGCUUUCAAGAUCAAUGAUUUAGUUCUUGAGAGUAAAGUCAAGGAAGGAGAAGGAAUUUUUUGGGAAGAGAAUGUUCAGGAGUGGAUGGAUGAGCAAGAUAUUACUUGGUUCAGAGGAUAUGCGGCUACCUGGUCGAAGCCAGAUGUUGCAGAAGAAGAAGUGAUACCUCUUUGGAAUGAGUUGGAGCAAGCUCUUGACGGCAAGAAGGCCAGAACCGCCACACCGCUCGCUUUGGCUUUUGCUACAAAGAAAUAG